AUGCCACCCAAAGCAGAUAUCAAUAAAGCAGGAUGGGAGCAAAGUGAAUUCCCGAUUCUCUGCGAAACAUGUCUAGGAGACAAUCCAUUCAUCCGAAUGUCAAAGCAAGAGUUUGGCCGCUCCUGUGGCACUUGUGCUCGUCCAUUCACCGUCUUCCGCUGGAACCCUGGGACUGGUAUGCGCUACAAAACAACCGUCAUUUGCCAAACUUGUGCGAAGGUAAAAAAUGUGUGCCAAACUUGCUUGCUGGACUUGGAGUAUGGCCUACCAACACAAGUCAGGGACACAGCUUUGGCCGUCCAGAGUGAGGCGCCAACUAGCGAUAUCAACAGAGAAUACUACGCUCAGAAUAUGGAGGCCAAGAUGGAAGGGGACAAGUCUAUGCUAGGAACGGGGCGGACGCAAUCCGUAGGGAAAGAAAUGUUGAAGCAACUCGCUCGAACCGACCCAUACUAUAAACGCAACCGACCGCACGUAUGUUCUUUCUUCGUGAAAGGGGAGUGUAGUCGCGGAAAUCAGUGUCCAUAUCGACACGAGAAGCCAGAGAACAAUGAACUGUCUCGUCAGAAUCUACAAGACCGUUAUCAUGGGAAGAAUGACCCCGUCGCUCGCAAAAUCAUGUCUACUCAUGCCGACAACAUGGGUUUGAAAGCCCCAGAAGACCAAAGCAUCACAUCUUUAUUCCUGUCCUCGUUAUCCACCGACUCUACGGAGCUCAGUAUACGUACGCAUGUUGUCAAGUCUCUUCCCUCCAUUCAACCGGCGCAAAUCAAAUCUAUUGUCCAUGUAGCGAAGUCUAGAUGCGCCUUUGUAAACUUCAAGGAUCGGCCAACCGCUGAGACUGCAGCCCAAGCUUGGUCUAAUGGCUUGGACAUUGAUGGGACAGUGGUGUCGAUCAAAUGGGGUAGAAGUCGGAACACCGCAAAACCUCCUCCAACCACGAUGCCUGCUUCGGGCUCAACGACAGCCGUAGCAUCUUAG